AUGAUUAUUGUCUCAUGGAAUGUUGGUGCUGGCAAGGAAAGUUGUGCUCGUACUAUUAAAGAUUUAAAGAAGGCUUAUGCUAUUGAUAUUCUAGCUAUUCUUGAGCCUAGAAUUGGUGGUAUUAGAGCUUUGCAAAUUGCUAAGAGUUUGGGUUUUUCUAAUUAUCAUAUUGUUAAUGCCACUGGUUUUUUUGGGGGUGUUUGGUUGUUGUGGAAUGACAACUCUAUCUCUAUUCAAAUCAUUGCCCAUUCUAGUCAAUCAAUUACUACUCUUGUGCAAUUGGGGACUAAUUGGUGGUUGCUCACUGUAGUGUAUGCUAACCCUUGCCCAGGUAUUCGUAAGUCUCUUUGGGCUUAUUUCGAUGGCCUUGCUCAGGCUUCUAAGCUGCCUUGGUUGAUUUUAGGAGACUUUAAUGACAUUGUUUGUGCUGAUGAAAAGUCUGGUUGCAACUUUGAUUCUAGUGGACAGAAUUUUGUUGAUUGGAUUGAUCAUAAUCAGCUCAUUUAG